AUGAAUCAAACAGCCUUUAAAAAAGAUAUAAAAGUUGAUUUUUCAUUAAAGAUCCGUAGAGAAAUUGAAAUUUUGGGGGUUAAAUAUUGGAGAUGUGGAUUAGUAGCGGUUGGAAAAAAGAACGUUUUUGUAGCUGUUGAUGAUGUUAUACGAGUUUAUGAAAAGUCCCAGUCUCAUGGUUUAGACGAAAACUCGUUUUUUCAGCUCAAAUGUCAAAUUGAUUCUCAUACAGUGAUUCGUGGAGAAAUUGAUGCAAUAACACCGUUAUCUUUUAAUUCUAUUAAAGUAGGAUAUAUUGGAAAUGAGGAGGUUCUUGUCUGCUGCACGGAUUCUGGGUAUAUUAACGUUUGGUUUACGGAUGAUUUGUUACGCUCUCCAUUGAUUUUUAAUACUGAAAGAAGUGUGUGGGGUAUUGCUAUUCAUGCUUCAAAAAGGCUUUUGGCUAUUAGUUCAAAUGCACAUGUUAUUUGUUUAUGGAAUUUGAGUAUUUUUAAUCCUUUUAAAGUAUGGGACACAGACAAGGGUGGAUGGCCUCAUAAAUUCUUUGGUCAUGAUGAUAAUAUACCAAGUGUUUGCUUUAAUCAUAGUGGUACACUUCUUUCAAGUGUUGGAAUUGAUGCUACGUGUAGGCUCUGGGAUGUUGCUUCAGGUACACUUCUUCAUGUUUAUUUGGAUUCUCAGAGGGGUUGGUUUGUUGGGUUUAUUAAUCAUUUGGCAUUUAAAGUAGUUAAAAGGACUGAUUCUUCUGAAAAACGUUUAAAGUCUACUCCAAGCCAAGUAAUGAUGACAUGUGUGCGUGAAAAUCGAAUAAAUGAUAGAGAUGUAUUGUAUUCAGCAGAAAACGUGUCUAAUUAUGAAAAUGAAAGAGAAGAGACAACGAAUGAUAUAAAUACUAAUAGUCAUCAGGAUAUACAGAGAACUUUUUUAAAUGGUCAUAGUGCUCAAACAUUGUUUUGGAGAAAUUAUUCUAAUCGAUUAGAUGGCUCAAAUUUUCCUUCUUCCAUUGAAUAUGAUGAUUCUUUUUUUUCAUUUUAUACAUCUACUGAAUACAAUGAAUUAUUGUUUUAUGGAACUGAAAAAAAUAUAAAAUUAUGUAGUAUUGAAGAAACCGUUUCAGGGAUUCAAUUGUUAACAGAAUGCAAAAAUCUUUUUGAUGAAAACGAUACUAACCAGACAAGUAUUUUAAGAUAUAUAGAUAGAAUUAAUAUGGUAGAGUUUAUUCCCGAUUUGUCAUUAUGUGUUGUAGCCUCGCAAAAAGGCAAAGCGUGUUUAGUGUAUUUAGUAAAAAGCGUAAUGGAUUGCGACGAUGGUUCAGUACUAUUAAGCUAUACAAUGGUCGCUGAUCAGAUGUUUCCUGAAGACCCGCCGUCAUGUGGAUUACUUGGAAUGACAGUGGAAAAAAUUCAUUCAAAACACUAUAAGCUUUAUAUGCUAUAUUAUGAUGGUACAUUGAUUUUGUAUGAUAUUAAGAAACCUGUUUUCAACAUGAUUGAUGUAGAUGAAUUAAUGUUGUAA